UGACGCAAUAGUAAAAAACAGUAAAAAAAAAAAAAAAACAAUAAUAAAGUAAGCCAAAGUAAGCAAUAAAAAAAAAGAUAAAUGAUAAUAAUAUAUUUUCUCAGAUCAGCAGCAACACCCCUUUUGUUGACAAACUCCAUAUUAAAUAUUAAUAAUCUAUAAUGAAUACAGGAUACUUCAUCUAACCUCGAGUGAUAAAAAUAUAAAAUUAAUCACACUUUGUAAUUGUUUGCAUAGAUAAAUAAUUAACAAUCACAAACACCAUCAUAACCACCAAUUUUUUGAUAUAAAAAAAUAAAUAAAAUACUAUUAAAAAUGAAGAAAAAGGUAUUGUUGAUGGGAAAAAGUGGUUCAGGAAAAACAAGUAUGAGAAGUAUAAUUUUUGCAAAUUAUAUUGCUCGUGAUACACGACGUCUUGGUGCAACAAUUGAUGUUGAACACAGUCAUGUACGUUUUCUUGGUAAUUUGGUGCUUAAUCUAUGGGAUUGUGGUGGUCAAGAAGCAUUUAUGGAAAAUUAUUUUGCCUCACAAAGAGACAAUAUAUUUAGAAAUGUUGAAGUAUUGAUUUAUGUAUUUGAUGUUGAAUCAAGAGAGCUAGAUAAAGAUAUGCAUUAUUAUCAAAGUUGUUUAGAGGCAAUAUUACAAAAUAGUCCAGAUGCUAGAAUAUUUUGUCUUGUACAUAAAAUGGAUUUAGUACAAGAAGAUCAAAGAGAUCAUAUAUUUCGUGAAAGAGAAGAAGAUUUAAAAAGAUUAAGUUUACCUCUUGAAUGUACUUGUUUUAGAACAAGUAUUUGGGAUGAAACAUUAUACAGAGCUUGGUCAUCAAUUGUUUAUAUGCUCAUUCCAAAUGUCAAAGAAUUGGAACAAAGUUUAAAUCAAUUUGCAAAUAUUAUUGAUGCUGAUGAAGUUUUAUUAUUUGAAAGAGCAACAUUUUUAGUUAUUAGCCAUUGUCAAAGAGCAUUUCACAAGGAUGUUCAUCGUUUUGAAAAAGUAUCAAAUAUUAUUAAACAAUUUAAAUUAAGUUGCAGCAAACUUGCAUCACAAUUUAUGAGUAUGGAAGUGAGAAAUUCAAAUUUUGCUGCUUUUAUUGAUGUUUUUACUUCAAAUACUUAUGUCAUGGUCAUCAUGUCAGAUCCAGGAAUUCCAUCAGCAGCAACACUUAUUAAUAUUCGUAAUGCUAGAAAACAUUUUGAAAAACUUGAAAGAGCAAGUCAAAGUUCAGCACUGACUGGAUAGAAAUCAGCCCGGACUCGACGAGCUGUCGUUCGAGUCCCAAAACUUGAUUGGUUUUAAUUUUUUUUUUUUAUUAUUUUUAUCUAAAUUAUAAUAUGGAAAAUUACCUUGAAACAACUAAAACAUGUUGGAUGUUUUUUUUUUUUUUUUUCUUUUCGAGGUACUACUAAUUCUUGUCUUUUGUUUGUUAAAAAAAUUUAAAAAAAAAAAUAUCAAGUCUUACAAAUGCUUGAUAAUUAAAUUUAUAAAAAAAAUCCAUUUGAAUUAAAUUUGAAAAAGAAAAAAAAAUAUUCAACUAAUAUUAUAAAAAUAAUUUUAACUUUUUUCGUAACUUUUUUUUCGUUUAAAUUUAUUUUCCAUAAUUUAAAGAAUUUAUCUUUCAAAUACAUGGCUUUUUUUUUUUCAAUUGAUUUUUUUUUUUUUGUUAUAUUAUUUUCAUUGUAAUUUUAAAGAAAUUUAUGUUAACGUAGAUGACAAAUUUAUAUAUUUUUUUUUUAAAUUUAAUAAGUGUAGUAAUGAUAUAAUUUGUUUAUUUUUAUUUUUCGUAAAUUAAUUAGUAAAAAUAAUGCAAUAAUUUUAUAAGUAAAAUUUUUAUGAAAAAACAGAACCAUCAAUUAAAAUUAUGCUUAUAAUAAUUAUAAUAUAAUAUCCACAAAAUAAUUAAGUGGUUUUGUUAAAUAUGUAUUUUUAAAUUAAAUAGUUUUAAUAAUUGUAAAAAAAAUUAAUAAAACAUUUGAACACUUUAAA